AGCUUGUAGACUCGUACUUUAUCGAAUUCAACUAGCUACGACUUACACCAAAGUCAGAUUCGUUCAUCGACUGAUAGGUCCUACGUGGUUUGAGUUGUUUAACCGUUAGGAUAACAGUGAAAUCUUACCGGUGGCUAUUCGGGUUUAUGACGAUCUUUCUGCGUCGAUUUCGGGUUUGGUUAUUUCCACCAACCCUACUUGAUGAGUACGUCACUUAGAGGAUGUCUGGGUGUCAUCCAGUGCUACCCUCACAUCAUUGCGUGGGCAACACCAUCGUCUUUUUCACAACGCAAAUUCAUGAGGAACUAUAUUAUGAGCUGUAUAGACUGUUACUGAUUAGUCUACCCAAGACUAUUAAAAGCACUCGCAAUCUGGUAAAUGCCGGAUCGACCGUCCGCCUUGUUCGAUUUAAUAUAGUUAUCAUACAUUUGGGGGUGAGGUUGUCAUGAGCAUCCACGCCACGAAUACCACGAUGCCCCAACUGCCUUCAUUACUGUUACAAUGCAAUGCUCCCAUGUCAAUCAAUUCCAUAUAUGAAUUCCCUCAUCCAGUGACCGCAAUGUAGAUGAUUGGCUCAUGUUGAUGAAAAGUGAGAGAACAUGUUCCCUACGUCCGAUUUCGUAUGUAUCUCAUGAACAUUCUGUAGCAUCAGUGACUAAGGAGAUUUGACUAAAGAGAUUUUCAAGAUCCGUGCUAAAUUUAUUAUUUAUUAAAUCCG